AUGGACUUGGACUUAGAGAGACAAGCUCAAAUCUUUCCUAAAGAAAGUGAAAAAAUCCCUGAACUUACACCAAAGUGCAAGCUUUAUCCCCCAGAAGAAAAGGAGGGGGCCUGCUCUCAGUGGCAUUUGCUACCUGCACCAACUCUGCAGUUAAAUCCCAGCUUCAGCAUGGACUUUGUGUACGCACUGGAUGGCGAAGGACUCAGUUGGCAGCAAGAGAUAGGGUCCUGCCCCAGUGAUUUAAGCUGCGGGCGCUCAGCGCUGAGUCACUCUGUGGAGCGGGGGUUUGGGGGCGUCCUGAUUUGUGGGGCUGGUGUCUGCAGCAUGGAGCAAGGACUGGUGGUUACUCAGCUGGACGUCCAGCCUGGAGAGUGCAUCAAAGUCAAAGGGAAGAUCCUGUCUGAUGCCAGAGGGUUUGCUGUCAAUGUGGGGAAGGACAGCAGCACCCUCCUGCUGCAUUUCAACCCUCGCUUUGACUGUCACGGGGAUGUCAACACCAUCGUGUGCAAUUCGAAGCAGGAUGGCACGUGGGGUGAGGAGGACAGGAAGGCUGACUUUCCCUUCCAGCAUGGGGACAAGACUGAGAUUUGCAUCUCCUUCAAUGAAACGGAGGCAACAGUAAAGCUGCCUGAUGCCGAGUUCCAGUUCCCUAAUCGGCUGGGCAUGGAGAAAAUCGAAUACCUGGCUGUAGAGGGAGACUUCAAAGUCAAAGCCAUUAAGUUCAGUGAUCAGCUAUAGCUUGGUUGGUUUGUUGUUGUUUCUUUUUCUCCCCCCCCCUGUGCAGUGAAAUAAAUCCAAACUUGCAAUGGC